CGCCGCCGCCUCGCACUCACCAUCGCCUCCCUCUCCCUCGUGCGCAAGUGCCUCCUCCUGCUCAACCCCCUCCACCCGCUCGCCUCCCUCCUCGCGCCCACACCCAUGUCCCCGCGCGAAAUGCUCCUCCACCUCGUCGACCUCGCAGGCGCAGUGGCCGACGACACCGUCUGCCUCGCCAGGCUUGGCUUGCUCAGGCGCAGACUCGGACACACAGCCGAGACGUGGGCAAAUCGUUUCUGGCUGCUCACAACGCUCAUCGCGCUCUGCAAGCUCCACUUCCACACCGUCCCCCGCAUCUUCUCCCCUGUCCUUCAUCCCCAAACACAUCCACAAGCCUACGCACAGUCACGCAUACUAUCCGAACGAGAGCACGAACGAAAAGCAACAAGAGAACAGCUAAAAGAAGCCAAAUGGACAAACCGGAAACUGGUCGCUGAUCUCUUGUUUGUCUCAUACGAUAUCCUCGACCCCAGCUUGCCAUCCCCUAUCCGCUCCAUCCUCGGCGAACCACUGAAAUGUACAACCGGCUUGCUCCUGACAAAGUUGUACAACCAGCAUUGGGAUGCUAGUCUCAGCAAAGGCUAGAUCGGAUGUAGUUUAUUCUUCUAGAUGUGUACAUGUAUCAAACUCUGCAUUGUCAAUUGAUCAAUCUUUACAUCCC